AUGUUUAAAUCUCUGAUGAUAAAAUCCAACAAGGUGAAGCCUAAAGAGGAGAACAAUGAGAGUAAACAAGGUCCUGAUCCAAGCAAUCAGCCUCAACAAUCCACAAGACAGGGACAAAACAAAAAUGAAAAGAAAUCUCUCCAAACCAAGAUGACUCCAGUCACAUUUGAAGAGUCACACACCAAAAUACAAGAUAAAAUCUCUGAGAAAAAUUCACUCAAAGAUCUGACCACAACCCCUGACCAUCAAAAUCCAACAGAAUCAAAGGGAACGAUGCCAGAGCAAAAGGAAAUGGAAACUGGGAAAGAAGGUCUAGUCAGCAAACCACAUGAAGCCCCUGUUAUAAAUGAGUAUGCUGAUGCCCAGCUACACAACUUGGUGAGAAGGAUGCGUCAAAGAACAAUCCUCUACAAGAAAAAGUUGGCAGAAGGAGAUAUAUCCUCACCUGAAGCCAGCCCCCAAACUGCAAAGCCCACAGCUGUACCAUCAACACAAGAAAGCAGUGCUAAGCUAAAAGAAGAACAUUACUAUCACAUAUUGUGUUUUAAAUUCCAGAAGAUGCCUCUGACAGAGUAUCUAAAGCAAAUUAGACUUCCAAGAAGCAUAGAUUCAUACACAGAUCGACUCUAUCUCCUGUGGCUCUUGCUUGUCACCAUUGCCUAUAACUGGAACUGCUGGCUUAUACCACUGCGCCUUGUCUUUCCGUAUCAAACACCAGACAACACACGCUACUGGUUUAUUACAGACAUCAUAUGUGAUAUCAUCUACCUUUGUGAUAUGCUAUUAAUCCAGCCCAGACUCCAGUUUAUAAAAGGAGGAAACAUAAUAGUGGAUUCAAAUGAGUUAAAGACACACUACAGGAGUUCUACAAAAUUUCAGCUGGAUGUUGCAUCAAUAAUGCCAUUUGAUGUUUUCUACGUCUUCUUUGGGUUUAAUCCAAUAUUUAGGGCAAAUAGGAUAUUAAAGUACACUUCAUUUUUCGAGUUUAAUCAUCACCUAGAGUCUAUAAUGGACAAGGCAUAUAUCUACAGAGUCAUUCGAACAACUGGAUACUUGCUGUUUACUCUGCACAUUAAUGCCUGUAUUUAUUACUGGGCUUCAGACUAUGAAGGAAUUGGAACUACUAAAUGGGUGUAUGAUGGUGAAGGAAACAAGUACCUGAGAUGCUAUUACUGGGCCGUUCGAACUUUAAUUACUAUUGGGGGCCUUCCAGAACCACAAACAUCAUUUGAAAUUGUUUUUCAACUGGUGAAUUUUUUUUCUGGAGUUUUUGUGUUCUCCAGCUUAAUUGGUCAGAUGCAAGAUGUAAUUGGAGCAGCUACAGCCAAUCAGAGCAACUUCCGAAACAGCAUGGAUCAUACCAUUUCCUACAUGAAUACUUAUUCCAUUCCUAAGAGUGUGCAGAAGCGGGUUCGGACUUGGUAUGAAUAUACAUGGGAUUCUCAAAGAAUGCUAGAUGAGUCAGAUCUGAUCAGUACACUGCCUGUCACCAUGCAGUUAGCCCUCACCGUGGAUAUGAACCUCAGCAUCAUCAGCAAAGUCGACUUGUUCAAGGGUUGUGAUACACAAAUGAUAUAUGACAUGUUGCUAAGAUUGAAAUCCACUGUUUAUUUACCUGGUGACUUUGUCUGCAAAAAGGGAGAAAUUGGCAAGGAAAUGUAUAUCAUCAAGCAAGGAGAAGUCCAAGUUCUUGGAGGCUCUGAUGGUGCUCAAGUUCUGGUUACUCUGAAAGCUGGAGCAGUGUUUGGAGAAAUCAGCCUUCUAGCAGCAAGAGGAGGAAACCGUCGAACUGCCAAUGUGAUAGCCCAUGGAUUUGCCAAUCUUUUAACUCUGGACAAAAAGACCCUCCAAGAAAUUCUAGUGCAUUAUCCAGAUUCUGAAAAGCUCCUCAUGAAGAAAGCCAGUGUGCUUCUAAAGAAGAAGGCUCCAGGCACAGAGGAAUCCCCUCCAAGAAAAGGACUUGCUUUUCUCUUCCAACCAAAACAAAAGACACCCAAAAUGUUUAAAGCUCUCCUGGGAGGCACAGGAAAAGCAGGUCUUACAAGACUACUCAAAAUGAAGAGGGAACAAACCAUCCAGGAAAAAAGUGAAAACUCCAAAGAAGGAGAGGGUAAAGGAAGAGAAUAUGAAGAUAAAGGAAGAGAACCAGUAGAGAAAACACAGGACAGCUCCGAAUGUAGAGCAAAUUCUGUUACAGCAGAAGAAAUGCCCCAGUCAAUUAGAAGGGCAGCUUUACCCAGAGGAACUACUCGUCAAUCACUCAUCAUCAGUAUGGCUCCUUCUACAGAGGCUGGGGAAGAAGUUCUGAUGAUUGAAGUUAAAGAAAAGGCUAAACAAUAA